AUGCCAAAAACACACGAACAGCGUGAUACAAGCGUCCCAGUAGGAAACUCGAGCGAUAUAUUCUUAAGACGAAAGAGCUUAUGGUUCCUCAAACAAAUCCGCACAUUGAAGGUCGAAGCGGACGAGAAUAACUUUCAAGGCCUUGAUGAUUCAACACUGGCAGUGAAGUUGGAGCAACUUGACAGACUACAGACUCAAUUCGAAGAAACGCAGUCUCAACUUGAGAGGGAAGACAUCGCGGAAAUUGAAGGCGAAGCAAGGGUGAUAUUUUCGGAGGCAUAUGUGUCCAUCAAAGCGAACAUUACCAAGGUACUUACCUCGCGUUCAAUGUCAUGUGCUACAUCAUCUACGCGCAACUACUCUAUGGUGGACGAACUAGGUGGGCACACAUCAUCGCGUCCAAAUAAAUCGAGUUUGCCGGCUUUACAGCUGCCCCGAUUUAACGGAAUGGUUACAGAAUGGCCGGAUUUUUGGGCCAUGUUUCAUGUUAUCGUAGGUCAAGAAUCGACACUGAUCAACAUCGAAAAGUUCCAGCACUUGAGGCCAUGCCUAAGCGGCAUCGCAUUGGAUGUAGUCCGUUCCUUGGAAAUAAAUGAUGCGAAUUACGAAAAAGCGGUAAAAUUAUUAAAGGCAAGAUUUGACAUUAAGAGAGUUCAAUUUCAGGCACACAUCAAAGAUAUUUUCGGGCUGGAUAAAGUGCCCGAUGGUUCAGCAGUUUGCUUACGGGAGCUCAGCGACAAGGUCACUAGUCAUCUGCGUGCAUUACAAACCAUCGCCACAAACGAGGAGUUGCUGGAUGGUUUACUCACGCAUUUAGUCAUCAGCAAAGCAGACAUUGGUACUCAAGCGAAAUGGGAAGAAGAAGCACCAACUCAAAAUUUGCCUUCGUGGGAUCUUGUUGCCAAUUUUUUGGAAAGGAGAGUUCGCAUAUUGGAAAGCAGUAGAAAAAAUAAUCGUAGUCAAUCGUUUGUUACCACUAGCGCCAUCAAAAAUUGUGUAUUUUGCAAUGCAACUCAACAUACAAUCUUCACUUGUUCUCUAUUUUUAAACCUCUCACCUUCGUUACGCUUUCAAGAAGUUAAAAAGCAUCAACUUUGCAUUAAUUGUCUAAAAAAGGGACAUGUCGUCAAAAAUUGUAAGUCAAGCAGCUGCAAGCAUUGCUCAGCUAAGCAUAAUACACUCCUUCAUUUUUCGCAAUCUCCGCAAACAAUUUCGCAAGACACAGGUGCACCUCCUAGUGCCAAGACAUCCCUUGUCGUUGGGCAUCCCGAGCAGACCUUUCACCCACCUCCUAAAGGUGUAGUAAUGCUAGCCACUGCCAUUGUGAUGCUAAAAAGUCGUCAAGGUACUCUCAUACCGUGCAGAGCCCUACUUGAUUCCGCUUCUCAACUUCAUUGCAUAACAGCAAAUAUGGCUAAUCAGUUGCAAAUUAAGAAGUCAAAGGCUACUACACAUAUUUCGGGAAUCGGUCAAUCAGACAUAACCUCGAGCGAGUAUGCAACUACGCUAUUACAAUCGGUAGAUCGUACAUAUUCAACACCUAUUUCGGCCGUCGUUGUGCCAACAAUAACCACAUAUCAACCUGAAGCAAACAUCUCGAACGUCGAAUGGAAGAUUCCAUCCAAUAUCUCGUUAGCGGAUCCAUCUUUUUUCAAAUCCCAGAAAAUUGAUCUUUUGAUCGGGGCUAGUCUGUUUUUUGAGCUGCUAUGCGUAGGACAAAAAACAAGGUUAGGUUGGGUCGUGUCAGGAAAUUUCGAUUGCUCCUCAACUAAAUUUGUACACUCCGUUGCUAUUAGGGAAUGCACAUCUGAUCGAAUGGAUUGCGACCUUAAUGAGUUAGUAAAAAAAUUUUGGGAGGUAGAGGGACACACUAUGGAAAAUGUGAAGCGUUCUAAGGAAGAUUUGGCCUGUGAAGAACACUUUAUCAACAAUUAUCGUCGAUUAACUUCAGGAGAAUACUUAGUUAGUUUGCCUUUUAAAUCAAGUAUUUCGCAAUUAGGCGAUUCUUAUUCGCAAGCUGUACGUCGUUUUCAAAAUCUCGAGAAAAGAUUCACACACAACUCCGAGUUAAAGGAACAAUAUUCUAAGUUCAUAACUGAAUAUGCUCAACUUAAACAUAUGUCACCGGUAGGAGUCAUUCCCAGGGGUGUUCACACAAACUUCCUACCUCAUCACUGCGUGCUAAAGGCAGACAGCACCACCACUAAAUUGCGCGUAGUAUUUGAUGCGUCCGCUCCCACCAGUUCUGGAUUUUCGUUGAACGACCUGUUGAUGUCAGGUCCAACAAUACAAUCCAGAUUAAUUGACACGUUGUUAAGAUUUCGAUCGCACAAAUUCGCUUUGACAGCCGACAUUUGCAAAAUGUAUCGGGCCGUCAAGAUAUCCAAAUCUGAUAGUUUUUUGCAGUGCAUAUUAUGGCGCGAUAAACCCAACCAGGAGUUCAAGAUAUAUAAGCUAGAUACAGUCACUUAUGGUACCAAGCCCGCUGCAUUUCUGGCCAUUCGGGCAAUGCAGCAGCUCGCAAUUGAGGAAGCAAGGAACUAUCCCCUUGGUUCAGAAAUCGUCUUGCGCGACUUCUAUGUCGAUGAUUUAAUAUCAGGCGGAGCGUCUGAGAAACAAGUGUUGCAAAUAAUGACACAGACGGAGCAGCUUUUAAAAAAGGGUAACUUCAUACUAAGAAAAUGGUGCUCAAACAGUGUAAACAUUUUGCGAAAAAUUGACCCAGCACAUCGUGAGAAAUUUUUAAAGUUCGGGGAUGGCAUUGAUAUCACUAAAGCCUUAGGGCUGGCAUGGGACCCUAAACGCGAUCAUUUUCUCUUCCUCUGGGAUCCACUUCCCGAACCGGCACGAGCAACGAAACGAAACGUCUUAUCAGUAAUUGCUAGAUUUUACGAUCCACUUGGCCUCAUUGGUCCCGUUGUGCUAAAGGCUAAGGUAUUUUUACAAAGUUUGUGGAAAGAGAAGCUAGAUUGGGACGAAAGCAUUCCUCAGUCAUUACACUUUGCUUGGAUUCAACUCUGUGCGAAUUUGAAUUUUGUGGAAAAAAUGAGCUUCCCUCGUUUCGUUGGGCUGGAUGCAGACAACAUUCAAAUACACGGAUUUUGCGACACCAGUAUGGCAGCCUAUGGAGCCUGCGCUUACGUUCGAUCACAAAUUGGCGGCGAAGUUCGCACAUCUUUGCUCUGCUCCAAAUCUCGCGUUGCACCAUUGAAAACACUCUCAAUUCCAAAAUUAGAGCUGUGCGCUGCAAUGUUGUUAGCCGAGUUGCUAAAUUCUAUCCAAACUUUAGGUCCUUUUAAGGGUGAAUUCUUCUGCUGGUCAGACUCCACUAUUACCCUAUCGUGGGUAAGUAGUGUUGCCGCUAAUUUUAAUGUAUUUGUCGCCAAUCGGAUAAGCAACAUUCAAGAACUAACUCAAGGUAUGUCGUGGAGGCAUGUGCCAACAGAACUCAAUCCAGCAGAUAUCUUAUCAAAAGGGGCCUCUCCCAAGGAACUUGAUGCAGCUACAUUAUGGAAGGAAGGACCAUCAUAUUUGAAAGAGGAUGAAGCCAAAUGGCCUAAAAUAAGGCAAGUAGACAACGCAUUACUUGAAAGGAAGAAAACAAUUUUGAUCUUGACACCUAAAAUCAUCGACUAUACAAUUGACUGCAAACAUAUACAUAAAUUUCGUUCUAUGAGAAGGAUCUACGCGUAUGUGAAUCGUUUUCUAAAAAUUAAAUCGAAUAUUCGCUGGGAAUCGCCUCAACUAAGCCUCGAAGAAAUUGAAGCAGGAACGCAUUUGCUCCUUCGUAUGGUGCAGAAAGCUGCCAUGAGCCUCGACUACAACGAGCUGAGGGCUGGACGCGCAGUCAGCUCUUCAAGCAAUCUUCGUUCGCUAAACCCAUUUCUGGACGCGACCGGACUAAUACGAGUUGGUGGGCGUCUCCAGAAUGCAGAUCUUAGUUUCAAUGCAAGGCACCCCAUCGUGCUACCAAAGCAUCAUCCACUAACAAAUGGUAUCAUUAAAUACUUUCAUCAGAAGCUGCUUCAUGCUGGUCCUCAAGCGCUGCUUGCAACAAUUCGCUUGCAGUAUUGGCCUAUUGGAGGAAGAAAAAGCGUGACCGCUGUACUCAACAAAUGCUUGCGAUGUUUUCGCGCAAAACCAAUACUCAUGAGGCACAUAAUGGGUAAUCUACCAGCCGAGCGAGUCCGGAGUCAACGCCCUUUCUACACCACUGGUGUAGAUUUUUGCGGCCCGUUCAGCUACAAAUCCGAAGUGCGAAACAGACCACCAACGAAAUGCUACAUCUGCGUCUUCAUAUGUUUCGCAACAAAGGCUACUCAUUUGGAGCUAGUCAGAGAUCUAUCGACAAAUUCAUUCUUGGCCUCAUUAAAGCGAUUUACUUGCUUGCGUGGGCAACCUAGGGUUAUCUGGUCAGAUAAUGCUACCAAUUUCGUUGGCGCAAAAAAUGAAUUGAAAGAGAUUCGCGAGCUGUUUCUUAGUGAACAACAUAUUAGCGAAGUUCACAAACAAUGUCUUGACGAUGGAAUUGAUUGGCGUUUUAUACCACCCCGAUCCCCGCAUUUUGGCGGUCUGUGGGAAGCCGCGGUCAAGACAGCAAAAUAUCACCUUCGCAGAGCCAUUGGCUCUACGGUUCUCGGCUUUCAAGAGCUUCGGACACUGGUGUGUCAAAUUACUGCUAUUAUAAAUUCAAGACCUCUCUGUCCAAUUUCAGAAAGCCCAGACGACCUAGAAGUUUUGACUCCUGCUCACUUUCUUUCUGGUGGAGCACUCACAGCCAUGGCAGAGCCCAACUUGCUUAGUAUCGACUGCAAUCGUUUAAGUCAGUGGCAGAAGACUUGUCGCAUACAACAAUCCUUUUGGAAAUCUUGGAGCACUGCUUACUUAACGCAAUUACAAGAGCGCGGAAAAUGGCGUACGAAGACACCAAACAUUCCACCUAAUGCACUGGUUCUAAUUCAGGAUGAUAAUCUUCCACCCAUGAAGUGGCAAAUGGGACGAGUUAUCGAAUUAAUCAAGGGUAAAGAUGAUGUGGUUCGUGUUGCAGUCAUCAAAACUAGCACAGGUGUCACCCGGCGGGCAAUCACAAAGCUAUGCCUACUACCAGUAGAGGAAGUUGAAAACCCUCAAGGCUCUCAACGGGGGGAGCAUGUCCAAGGGUUAACGCAUACGUUCACCUAA